AUGAGUCUCUUGAUGAUGCCAACAGCAGAGUCCCUCCAGAGGAAGGCCAACCGUCACAGAAAGAGCCAAAGACCGUCAGAGCCAACUGACCUUGAGUUUGCAGUGAAUCAAGACUAUCUGAACUGCGGGGACUACAUCAUAGCCGACCUGCGUGUUGACAGGGAACGGCACAUCCUCUUUUCCACACCAAGGCAACUGGAAAUACUACGGUCAACCAAGCGCUGGUUUAUGGACGGGACCUUUAAAAUUGUAGACAGACCAUUUCGCGGAGGGCAGCUGAUGUCAAUCCAUGGGUUCAUCCAAUUUGAUGGAAAGAUGAAACAGAUUCCACUCCUGUUUGCUCUCAUGUCUCGGCGAAAGAAAGAAGAUUAUGUGGCGGUACUGGGUGAGAUCAAAUCAAUUCUGGGGGCCUAUUCAGUGGAAGGCUUUGUGGUCGACUUCGAGGCAGGAUCCUGGGGAGCGAUAAGACAUGUCUUUCCAGGCGUUGAAAUUAAAGGAUGCGUAUUCCACUGGGCACAGUCUGUGUGGCGCCAUGUACAAGCAGUGGGGCUUGGUCCAGCCUAUAUGGAGCGCAAGGACCUGUGGGAUUAUGUCCGCAAGUUACUUGUGCUUCCUUUUGUGCCGUCUAGUCAGAUCGAACCUCUUUUCAGGAACCUCGCGCAGCGUGCAAACACAGAACCUCUGAGGAAACUUGUCAAUUACAUUGACUCAACCUGGAUUCAGUCUUUGACCUUCCCAAUACAGAGUUGGUGUAUAUACGGGUUACAUGUCAGAACCAACAACGAUGUGGAAGGCUUUCACACACGUUUGAAUGGCGUUUCUGGUGGUAGAUCACUGACAUUCUACAAACUUGUACCUGCACUCAGAAAACAAGCACUGGAGGCUGAGUUGGACAUUGACCAGCUGGUUGAUAAUAGUGUUGGCAGACGGCAAAGAAACCAGUAUAGGGAAUGUGACAGGAAGAUUUUUGAUGCCUGGAGAAAGUAUGAGGCCAAAGAGAUCAGUACAUCAGGACUCUUGAGAUUAGUGAGUAGGUUGUACGGUGCGGCUGAAUAUAAAGUAUAGAAAUUGUCUAGAAUCGUGAAAUCUCACUAGUAGGAAGUGUAUAUACUGUUUAAAGUGAAAUGGGAUUUCUUGGCAAUAUUAUUUUAGUUUUGUUAUUUCUGUCUGUAUAUUCCUGAAAAAAAGUAUUAAUGAUUUAGAUGCAUAUUAUUACA